AUGUUGCUGACUUCAUCGUGGAUUCCAGAUUUACUACUUUUCUUCGCAACGAUAUCGUUGGUGUCAUACUGGUACGCAACUAGAAAAUUUAAUUAUUGGAAAAAGCGCAAUGUCUAUUACCAAAAACCGGUGCCAUUUUUUGGCAAUUUCAAAGAAGUAAUUACUUUGAAAAAACCAAUAGGUAUAUGGUUAAGAGAAGCGUACAAUGCAGCCAAAGAUACUCCAUAUUUUGGAAUGUUCGUCUUUGAUGAACCGUAUUUGGUAUUGAAAUCUCCGCAGUUGAUCAAAAAUGUCAUGAUUAAAGAUUUUAACAACUUUAGUGAUAGAACUGUUGCUAGUCCAGAGCACGAUAACGUUGCAAAAAACUUUUUGUUUUUUAUGAGAAAUCCCGAGUGGAAAACUAAUAGAGUUCAGUUGACACCAGUAUUUACUUCCGGAAAACUGAAGGUUAUGUUUCCGACUGUUGUUCUAGUGUGUGACCGUUUACAAAAAUAUCUGGCCGACAAUCUUGGAGUGUUGGAAGCUAAAGAGGUAGCCGCUAAAUUCUCCACUGAUGUCAUAGCCAAAACCUUUUUCGGCAUAAACGCCCACAGCUUCGACGACGAAAACGCUAUGUUCCGAGUAUUGGGAAGGAAAAUUUUCGAUUUCAGAUUGAGAAACGGUCUCGUGAACACCGCUUACUUUUCAAUGCAAAAUUUGGUUAAACUAUUUCGCAUUAAUUUUGUCGAAAAAUGGGUUCUUGAUUACUUUACUGACAGUUUUAGUAAAGCUUUCGUAGCUAGGGAAAAUAGUAAAAUUCGUAAAAACGAUUUUAUUGAUAUAUUAAUUGAAAUAAAGAAAAAGGAUGGCGGAAAUGGAGCGUUUGAUAUGGACAAAAUUAAAAGCGCCGGUAUGCAAUUUUUCUUUGCUGGAUUUGAAACCACAAGUUCAACCAUCUCGUAUACCUUGCACGAAUUAUGUCUAAACAAGACUAUCCAGAAUAAAGUGAGACAAGAAAUUCUAGCCAACAUGAAAGAAAACGAUGGAUUAACAUACGAAGGCGUCAUGGGAAUGAAAUAUUUAGAUAUGUGUGUUAAAGAGACACUCAGAAAAUAUCCAGUGUUACCAUUUCUGGACAGAAAAUGUUUAAACGAAUACAAAUUACCAGGAACUGAUUUAGUGUUAGAAAAAGGAACAUCGAUUUAUAUUCCUUUGUUCGGUUUGCAUUAUGACGAAAAAUAUUUUCCAGAACCGGACAAAUACGAUCCUGAAAGAUUUGCUAAUCCAAAAUGCAACAGUGAAGGGUUGGUCUAUAUGCCUUUUGGAGAAGGACCGAGAAUAUGUAUAGGAGAAAGACUAGGCCUAAUAACGUCAAAACUUGGAAUUAUUUCUGUUCUAACUAAAUUUGAAGUCGAAAGAUGUGCCCAGACACCUGAUCCAGUAAUAUUUGAAGCAAAGAGUCUUGUUCUUCAAUCCACAGUUGGCCUUCCAAUGGUAUUUAAAUAUAUCACUCCACCACCAGCUUAA